CCGAGCUUUCGCCGCGCUCCUAAAUUGGUUUGUCAUUUCUGACCCCCUCCCUCCCAUACCUCCUCUCUCUGUUGCUCUCUCUCUCUCUGACCACGGUCCUCUGCUCCUCUGCGCCUGUGGACUUCAACUGAAGUCAGUUAAGAACAUAAGGAGAGAGACGGGGGAGGGAAGAAGGGAGGACCGGGAUACAGACAGACGGAUAGAGGAGGGGAGAGAGAGAGAGAGAGAGGGAGAUACGCCUCUGUCCUCUCCGGCUCUCCACUGGGCUUGUAGUGCAUUUGGACGGAGUAUAGCCUUUUUUUUUCCUGAUCGGGAUCCUAAGCACGCAGCUAUAGCUUUAUUCCCAUCUCUUCCUGCAGGGAACGCUUGUCCGGGCUCCCUUUAUUUGCAGCAAGCCGUAGACCAAACAGCGAUCAGCAAGUGAAACAACCGACUGGGAAGAUAUAUUUGCGUCCUGGUUCCCAGUUAAGAAAAACCAUCUCUCCUCAGUGCUGGAUGUGUACAUAUUUGCGCUCAGAUCCCUGCUGCUGGUGAUCGGGUCGAGGACAUCCUGCUGCCAAUGAGAUGUGAUUCUCUGCCUUUUCAUUUCGCUCCAACAAAAGAAAAUACACACUAACCGGCCUGUAUGGUGUCAGAAACGCUGAGCUGUGAAAGGAACAGCUCAGUACUCGAGCGCCUGGGCUCAGCAGGAAGAACCUCCGCAACCACUUCCAGGUGGAAAUCAGACACCAUGUGGGCCAGCUGCUUGAUCUUCUUCUCAGCUUUGAUCGCACCUAUUGCCAUAGUGCAUGGCCGUGCUCCCAUCCCCAUGGCUGUGGUGCGCAGGGAGCUAUCUUGCGAGUCAUACCCCAUUGAACUACGUUGCCCUGGCACUGACGUCAUCAUGAUCGAAAGCGCCAACUACGGCCGCACUGACGACAAGAUCUGCGAUUCGGACCCAGCUCAAAUGGAGAACACCCGAUGCUACCUUCCUGAUGCGUACAAGAUCAUGUCACUCAGAUGCAACAACCGUACCCAGUGUGCUGUGGUAGCAGGACCGGAUGUUUUCCCUGAUCCCUGUCCGGGGACAUAUAAAUACCUGGAAGUUCAGUAUGAGUGUGUUCCCUACAAAGUAGAACAAAAAGUAUUUCUCUGCCCGGGCAUCCUACGGGGAGUUUACCAGAGCGAACAUCUUUUUGAGUCUGACCACCAGUCAGGUGCUUGGUGCAAAGACCCUCUUCAAGCCUCUGAUAAGAUAUACUACAUGCCUUGGACCCCGUACCGCACAGACACCUUAACCGAGUAUUCAUCCAAAGAGGAUUUCAUCGCAGGCCGCCCCACCACCACAUACAAACUUCCGCAUCGCGUGGAUGGGACCGGUUUUGUGGUCUACGAUGGUGCACUGUUCUUCAACAAAGAGCGCACACGCAACAUCGUAAAGUUCGACCUGCGCACGCGCAUCAAGAGUGGCGAGGCCAUCAUUGCCAACGCCAACUACCACGACACAUCUCCAUACCGCUGGGGAGGCAAGUCCGACAUUGACCUUGCAGUAGAUGAGAAUGGGCUAUGGGUGAUCUACGCAACAGAGCAGAACAACGGGCGCAUUGUGGUGAGCCAGCUCAACCCUUACACCCUGCGUAUUGAAGGCUCAUGGGACACUAGCUACGACAAACGUUCUGCUUCCAAUGCUUUCAUGAUAUGCGGUGUCCUGUAUGUCGUUAAGACCGUGUACGAAGAUGAUGACAAUGAGGGGACAGGAAACAAGAUUGACUACAUGUACAACACAGACAAGAGCAAGGAAAUGACAGUUAAUAUACCAUUCCCUAACUCCUACCAAUAUAUAGCUGCAGUGGAUUACAACCCAAGAGACAACCUGCUGUAUGUUUGGAAUAACUACCACGUGGUCAAGUAUUCACUGGACUUUGGCAACAAUGACUACCGUCCACCUCUCCUGCUUCCGCCAAGCCGUGCCACCACCACACGUUCCCCUCCCUACUACACCACCCCAAGGCCUCUCCUGACCACCUCCCCUGUCCAACGGUACAGAACAACUACCACAGUCCGCCAGCCCUUGCUUGUCCCUGCGGGACCGUCAUCUGUCAAUCACAUUCCAGAAGGCCCUCCGAAAGUUGUCAGAUUCCCUCCAGCACUAGUCCCACCAGUGGCACCACAGCCCCCCGCCCUGCCUCCACAGGACUUCUGCAGUCCGAGGGUGGCCGCAGACAUAUCAUGGCCACGGACGCAGCAAGGCCAGACGGCCAAGCAGCCCUGCCCUGUGGGAACCCUGGGUGUGGCCACAUACGUUUGCAUGCCCCACUUGGGCUACUGGGACCCUAAAGGUCCUGACCUCAGCAACUGCACAUCACCAUGGGUCAACCACAUCAUGCAGAAACUUCGUUCAGGCGAGACGGCAGCUAUUGUGGCCAGGGAGCUGGCAGAGCAGACCAAAGGACUUCUGCGUCCUGGAGAUGUGCCAUCCACAGUGCGCGCCAUGGCCCAGCUAGUCGAACUCUUGGAUGUCCAACUCAGGAAUCUCACCCCCGGAGGCAAGGAUAGUGCUGCCCGCAGCCUCACUAAGCUUCAGAAGAGAGAAAGGUCCUGCAGGUUUUUCACACAGGCAAUGGUUGAGACGGUAAAUAAUUUGUUGCAUCCAAGAGCUCAGGCCGCAUGGAAAGAGCUGCCUACCAGUGAGCAGCUGCACUCAGCCACUCUGCUCCUCGACACCGUGGAAACGGGCGCUUUCAUGUUGGCCGACAACCUCCUGAAGACAGACACGGUGCAGGAAACCACCGACUACAUCCAGCUGGAGGUAGCCAGGCUAAGCACAGAUGGAAACCUUGCGGAUCUGACGUUUCCACAGUCGGAGCAACAUGGAAACUCCAUCCAGCUGUCAGCGAGCACUCUUAAACAGAACGGAAGAAAUGGUGAGAUCCGGAUGGCCUUUGUCCUGUACAGGAACUUAGGUUCAUACCUGCCAACAGAAAAUGCCAGUGUUAGGUUGAGCAGCGAGGCAGUUUAUCCUAAUCACUCGGUUAUUGUCAACUCCCCGGUCAUCACGGCGUCGAUCAACAAGGAAAGCAAUAAGGUCUACCUUUCUGACCCUGUGGUCUUCACAGUUCAACACCUUCAGCAGUCGGAGAAGAAUUUCAAUCCCAACUGUUCUUUCUGGAGCUACUCCAGGCGCACCAUGACGGGAUUCUGGUCUACGCAGGACUGCCGACUGCUCGCCACCAACCGCACACACACCAGCUGCUCCUGCACCCACCUCACCAGUUUUGCAGUGCUUAUGGCUCACGUAGAGGUCAAGAAAGCAGACAGUAUGCAUGACAUGCUCCUGGACGUCAUCACGUGGGUCGGGAUCCUGCUGUCGCUGGUUUGCCUGUUGAUCUGCAUCUUCACCUUCUGCUUCUUCAGAGGCCUGCAAAGCGAUCGCAACACCAUCCACAAGAACCUCUGCAUCAGUCUGUUUAUCGCUGAGUCACUAUUUCUGGUCGGGAUUAACAAGGCCGAUCAGCCGAUCGUCUGUGCAGUCUUUGCGGCCUUGCUCCAUUUCUUCUUCUUGGCAGCCUUCACCUGGAUGUUCUUGGAAGGGGUGCAGCUCUACAUCAUGCUGGUGGAGGUGUUUGAGAGCGAACACUCCAGGACUAAGUACUUCUACCUGGCAGGAUAUGGAGUGCCAGCUGUCAUAGUGGCCGUCUCUGCCGCGGUGGACUACAGAAGCUACGGCACUGACCGAGUAUGCUGGCUGCGCCUGGAUACAUACUUCAUUUGGAGCUUCAUAGGACCUGCUACUCUCAUUAUCAUGCUGAAUGUAAUCUUCCUUGGCAUCGCCCUUUAUAAGAUGUUCCAUCAUACAGCCAUCCUCAAACCAGAUUCUGGUUGUCUGGACAACAUCAAGUCCUGGGUGAUCGGCGCAAUCGCCCUGCUGUGUCUGCUCGGCCUGACCUGGGCUUUCGGCCUCAUGUACAUCAACGAGAGCACGGUGAUCAUGGCCUACCUUUUCACCAUCUUUAACUCCCUGCAAGGCAUGUUCAUCUUCAUCUUCCAUUGCAUCCUCCAAAAAAAGGUCCGUAAAGAAUACGGCAAAUGCCUACGUACUCACUGCUGCAGCGGCAAGAGUGUGGAGACGUCCAUCUCCUCAUCCAGUAAGACCACCACCUCACGGACCCCUGGCCGCUACUCUACAGGCUCACAGGUGAGCUUACCUGCCUGCACACCUGGACGCUACAGUACAGCAGAUUCACAGAGUCGUAUCAGACGGAUGUGGAAUGACACUGUGAGGAAACAGGAGUCCUCCUUCAUCACUGGAGACAUCAACAGCUCCGCCACGCUCAACAGAGGAGCCAUGGCUAAUCAUCUUAUAACUAAUGCUCUCCUUCGUCCCCAUGGUACUAACAAUCCCUAUAACACUCUCCUGGGGGACUCGGCAGUCUAUAACAACCCAGCUGUGGGCAUGUACAACACCCAAGCACCUUACCGAGACACAAAGAGCAUCCUGAACAACGCCAGGGAUGCUAGUGUUAUGGAUACUCUUCCUCUUAACGGUAACCAUCCGAACAACUUCAGUAUGGCCAGCAGCGAGUACUUGAGCGACUGCGUUCAGAUCCUGGAUCGGAGCAGCGGUUACGGUACCCACAGUAACCACAAAGAGACAACUUUGGAGAAGAAGAUCCUCAAGGAGCUGACAUCUAACUACAUUCCCCCGUACCUCAACAACCAUGAGAGGGCUACCACAGAGCGUAGUCACAACCUGAUGAACAAGCUGGUCAACAGCAGUAUGGCCAAUGGAGGGAGUCUGGCCGGGGGCAGCAGCAGCUCUAGCAGUGGAGUGGGUGGCUGUGUGGGCAGCAGUAAAGAGGACAACAGUCCCAUAGUACUGGACAACCCAGCCGCUUUUCCCCAUGAGGAGAACCUCGGUUUGGAGAUCAUCCGAGAGGAGUCCAACGCUCCCCUCCUGCCACCAAGGCCUCCUCCACCGGACAGCCAUCCGCCCCCUCCGCCUCCUCCUCACAGCUUUUCCCGGCAGCGACGCAUUGCCCAGGAGCCCAGCGAGAGCUUCUUUCCCCUGCUGACCAAUGAGCACACUGACGAGCACACGCAUUCACCGAACCACAGAGACUCGCUUUAUACAAGCAUGCCGGUUUUGACAGACCUCCCUGACGGGCAGAUGAACGGCCUGACGGAUGGAGAAGAGGACAGCUCUGGGGAGCUCCAGCCCUGUAAGAGUGCCACGGCUCCUGAGCUGGAUGAUGUAUACUAUAAGAGCAUGCCAAACUUAGGCUCCAGGAAUCACCUUCAUGAGCUACAGAACUACUACCACAUGGGCCGCGGUGGCAGCGAUGGAUAUAUGGUGUCAGGGAGCAAGGAGGAGUCUGAUUCAUCUCCAGAGGAGCCACCAGUGGACCCUUCUCAUCUGGUCACCAGUCUAUAGAGCCCACUGAGUCCUGUAUCCAUCCUGAACCCAGUUUGACUUUUUCAAAGUUCAUGUAAAAUCAUUAUGUGUUGCUGACUGACAGACAGAGCUGGCCCGGUCCUGGAUUGAUACACUGUUUGAAAUAACAAUGGGUCAUGACAAUAUGGCUGAGAUUCUACUGGUCCAUUCAGAAAAUGUGUUGUCAUAAAUAGUGCAAACUGAAAGAGAUGGGUCAUCAAAAUAAUCUGCAAGCAUCAAACAGGAAUGGGAAGGAUAGACUUGGAGCACGGUGGGAUUCUGCAAUUCUAACGCAACUGCGGCUUUAAUUUGGAAUCUUGGACUGAUUGUAAUCCUGCAGGCUCCUCCCCCAGUAUGGACCUCUAGCAGAUUCUAGCAAAUAGUCUCCACUCACACCUCUACUUGGGCCCAAGCCCUGGUUAUUGGAGCUCUGUGUCUGUCUGUGUAUCUGUCUCUCCGUCAAAACUCUUAUGCUGAAAUGGUAGAGCAGAACCUUCAAAGAUAAACUGUCCCAAAGGUGGCAUCACAUUCCUGCCAGUCGAGUGAAGGAUGUAUUAUAUAUGCCCUCACUGAUGAUCAUCCACGAAAAAACCCAUAUCAUUCUGGCAGUUCAACUGCACCCAUAUCACAAGGAUAUUCUGAACUUACUUUCUGUUGGUAUCUGCUAAAACUGGAGAUGUUUACGGGCCGGUAUGUCUACGGAAAACAAAGAGGGAAUAUAAUGUAACAAAUGAAUUAACUAUGGGGAAAAAAAGGGUUUAUCUAUUCUCCGCUCCUCUGUAAAGGUUUUUCAUCACCAGAAGGAUUGCGAGGAACCACAAACUGUUUAUGUAUUGUACAGAAUAAAAUAACAGAUACAGACGUUGCGAUUCUUUUAUUUUUGGAUUUUACGUUGCAAACUUUGUGUCUCUGGGACUGUUCAGAAGUGUCACAAUGAAAUAUAUUCCGGUCACGGACUGACCUCAGAGGGAGCAAGGAAAAAUCUUUUUGUGUCAUUUUUUUCGUAAAUAUGACAAGCACUCCUUAAUUAAUAUGCAUUUAACCUACGCACACAGCAUUCUGGUUAUUUUAUAGCAACAGCACUGUCACAUUUUUGCAAAUCAUUUCUUACUGUAUGCUUUACCACUGUGUACAACUGUGUUAAACUGGAUGGAUAAAAUGAGGUGAUAAAGGAAGAGAUACCUUUAGGAGAGCUGGGUUUCUGGUCAAGGAGUCUGGACUGGAAGUACAAAGAUGGACCUAAUAGACAGAGAUAGUCACAUUAGACUGCUUUAUAAAAUAUGUCAUUUUUAUUGCCAAGUUAUUUUAACUUACAUUCAUUGCUUCCCUGUUUAAAAUGAAGAAACAGCUGUUCUCUAAUCUACUGUAAAAACAGGUGAGGUGUGACGAUUCUGAUUAGAACGUGCACAUGACAGCUCUCCAAAAACCGAGAAAGCCAAUGUUUACUAAUUAAGGAGGAAAUAAAUCUUACAAAUGUAUGAAGUGUAGCUUGCACACAUGUCCCACAAACGCCCCUUCAUUCCCCCCAAGAGAGAAAUUAUUUAUUUAUCUGUUUAUUGGUUUAAAGACUGCAAAAGAAGCUCAGAGGGAAGGAGGCUGGCUUCAGGGAAGGAAGGAUUUAAUGUGGCACUGGGCUUGUUUGUUUUUUUUUAAGUUAUUACAAUUAUGAUUAUCAUUACAAUAUUACUGAUAAUUAUUUAUUCUUUUUGUAUGGGUUCCAAGUUGAAUGAUCUCAUAACUAAUAUUUGUUGUAACAGUGAAAGUUGUUUGCCAACAAAUAAAUUACUGACAUAGCUUUGA